CAUCUUCAGUAGUUUACUCUCUGCUGAUGUGUUGACACUGACCUCUCCCUGCUUUAUUUUACCCUCUUUGAUGCAGACACACACCAGACUUCAGGGAACAAAGUCAGCCAUCAGCACCAGAUCUGGAAAUCAACGGCAGCAGUUUUAAAUCUCAAAGGGAACGCAGUGCUGCUGUUUAUAGACAUGAAGCUGUUCUGAGAAAGCAGAAGGUGGUGAGACAGUGUGGUGGACGUCUCUCUUCGCCAUGGCAUCAGCUCUGCCGGUGUACUACCAUGGCGCCAUCAGCAAAAAGGAGUGUGAGGAUCUGCUGGGAAAGAAGAACAAGGAUGGAGCCUACCUGAUCCGAGACAGCGAGACCAUCCAUGGAGCCAUGUGUCUUUGUGUUUAUAAACAAAGUGUGGUGUAUACCUACAGACUGCUGCAAUCACACACUGGACAAUAUACUCUCAUGACAGCAGGAGGGUUGGAGGAGACAUUUUUUAAGUCUUUGGAAGAUCUGAUCCGUCACUAUAAAAGGAAGAACCAGGGACUGGCCAUCCAUCUGCGCCACUCAGUUAAAAGGAAGACAGCCUUGUUAAUCCAGCCCAGGAAACCACCUGAGGUAGAGCCACAGAGGGAAGAGAUACCUUUACGUGAAGAAGAGCCUGACUAUGAGAAUGUUCCUGACUCUGACUACGUUGAAGUCUUGCCCACCUGAACAACUCUGACUUUUGACAUUUAGCAUCAAACACAUGAGGAGAGUAUGAAAAUACAUUUUUGGGGGAAGUCUGAACCAUUAGUGCUUUAAAAAAACGAUGUGAGAUUCACAGACUGGAUCGAAUUCAGAAUAAUGAACAAGGAACUUGGACAAAUGGAUGCUGAAGAACAAUGAACUCUUCAUCUUCUUGUACUCCUGUAGUUAUUCUUUUAUCCCCUGUUUUUAGCCACGCUAGCAGUAUGGUUCUACAGAUGUCGAUCCGUCCGUUCACUUCUACGGAAUUAUCUCAACAACCAUUGGAUGGAUUGCCGUGAAAUUUGGUUCAGACAUUUAUGGUUCCCAAAGGAUGAAUUGUAAUCACUUUGUUCCCUUAACAGCCCAUCUAGUUCAGUUAUCUGGUCUAAUUUUCAAUUUGUUUUGUGAGUAUUUACUUGCAAAAUUAUGAUUAGUGCUAUGAGCAGAUGUUAACGUACUAACCUACGGUACAUUAUACAGUAGCAUCAGCAUUUUGUCAAUGCUUUGUGAUACUUUGUGAGCUUACUAAUAUUAGCACCACUGUGUCUAAGUCAAGCGUGGUGACUUUACACAUGCUGAAUGUGUGGGAGCUGCUAAUGAUGAGCAGUAGCAUAUGAUAUUUUUUAACACCCACUGUUAGACUGAGUCUGAAAGGAAAGUGAUCAGAUAACUUUUGCAUGUCUGACGAGAUGCUAAAAUGAGGACAAAAGGGGAUGCAUCCCACACAGUGAGCCAAACAUUUCAACAACUGUGUGAUCAACUGAUCAUAUGCGUAAUUACUUCAAAAAUCUGAAGAUAUGUGCAUGUGGAAACUUUUGACCUAUUAAAGGAAGUCCUAAAGGGAUUACUCAUAUAGCAAAAGAUAUGCCAAGUGAAAGGCGGUUUCAGUAUUUCUCAGCCCUUAUUAUUUACCAUCACCGGCAACCAUGCAGAGCACAAUGUCACAGAUUUUUGUUUUUAUUGAAAAACCACAUAAACCAUCUUCAGCUUCUUUUUGAUCUUAAAUAUCCAAAAAGUAAUUUCUUUAGAUUAAUGUUAAAACAAAAAACUCAUAGAAUAGCAAAAUAUUGUCUUUAUAUAUGAUAUCUUCCUAUACGUAUUUUUAUGUAACAAACAGGAGGAAAUAGUGCAUUUGUUGUGGACUAUUUUCAUCAGUGGAUGAAUCCACAUGUGGUGCUCCUGUUUGUGGUCAGAAAAAACUUCAGUGUGUGUUCUCGGUGAUGAUGGAACGUGUCACCCAGUGCAGCAGUGAGGCUCACUGAUGGGUUUUUAAUAGUUUCUGGACAACAAUGGAGGUGUGUGGCUCAGAGGAAGAAGAGACAUCAGGCUGUGAGACACACACAGGACUUGUUUUUGUCUUUCUAUGGGAUUUUAGAAAAAGAAAGAAUAUCACCAACACUAUGCUUUAAGUCAAUGGAUCUGAAAAUUAUGGUAUGUUAUUAUUUUUAGUGGUGGAACAAAAAGGUCAACAGGUCGAAGGUGUUUCAGAUUUGAAUUUUGGGUGCGGUGCUAAUGAGGGAGCAUUGAAGGGAUGUUCACUGUUCACACUGUAAAAAUAGUGAGAAAUGCCCUCACGAUUACCCAGAGCCCAAAGUGACACCUUUACAACAAGUCCAGACCUCAACGUUAUUAACAAUGCAUUAAAAUUGGAAAAAAUAAAAAGGACUACCUUUGUGUAGACUCUUCCAGCCACUCAAAGUACUUUACAACCAUAGGUGUCAUUAACACUGGGGACGCUGGGGACAUGUCCCCACCACUUUUUGAAAUGGCUGAUUUUGUCCCCAUGAGUUAAUUUGUUCAAAAAAACAUUCGGAAAUAUAGCUUACAGUUAAAUAACAAAUGAAAAUGCCUUUAUAAAGGUUAAUUUGCACAUUAAGAAAACAUGCAAAAAAACCCCACCCAAAAUCAUGUAGCUCCUAUCAGUAACUUUAACAGCUUCUUGACUUCUUUUUGGCCAGGUUGGCCAAGUUGAUAUACAGGAGAAACAUAUCUGAAAGCAACACAUAAUGCCUGAGAGCUGCACUGACUUACAUUCUAUUUAAAUAUUUUAAAAUGUCAUGUGCUACCUGAAUUUUGUGUUUCCUUUUAUAUAAAUAAAAACAUUUCCACCAUAAACUGGUGCAGAAACUUUCACCAAAGUAACACGCUUGUUUACAACACAUGUAAAAAUUCACACACUGAUGUAACUGCAGUGGUGGCUCAGGAGGUGGACCGGAGGUCCGAUCCCCCGGUUCCUCUGCAUGUCAAAGUGUCCUUUGGGUGUGAAUUUAUAUAAAUGUUAAUUUCUGUUCUGAUGAUGCAGUUGGCAACUUAGCGUCUACCAUCAGUUUAUGACUGAGUGUGAAUAGGUGACGCACUGUACUGUACAAGUUAGGAUCAUUUCCCAUAACUGCAGAAAGAAUAGCACAUUCACACACACACACACAACGAUGGCUGGGGUUCAGUAUCUUGCCCAAGCCCACGUCAACCUCGCACAUCUUCCGAUUAGGGGACGAUACGCUCUACCUCUAAACCUAAAUGUUUUUGCAUGAAACAUGUCUUCAAUGAUUUAAAAAGUAGUUAGCACUUAAUUUUCUGUCAAUCCAUGAAUGUCUCAGAUGAACUACUAUAAAACUGUUGCAGUUUAAUUUACAAUAAAAUGUAUUUUAUAAA